UACUCAGCAACUGUCUGCCAUGUUUACUUGCCCAGAUGGCAAAGAUGGCAAGCUUAGAAACCAAGCUCCAGCGGGGUGAAUAUAGCAUCAUAUGAUGACCUUUUUGACCAACCAGAAUGUCCAAUUCUGAUACUCACCUCUGGAAAUUAUACUAAUAUGAGUUGUUGCAAUGGAAGUGAUAUAAAUUAUUGUAAUGACAACACAAUAAGUAAGCUUAUGUAGUUGUAAAUGGUAAAUUUUCUGACUGCCAGACACAGAGUCUUAGAAGUACUCUCCAGCUGAGGGAUAUUUAGAGAUACAGUGGAAUUUUUAGCAUGAAAUUUAUCUCUGUUGUCUUCAUGUCAAGGAUGGCUCAUCGGUUGACAUCUCAUCACAGGGCGUUAUUUUCACCAAAGUAUCUCUCUGGAACAUCAGCACACAUUACUACAACAUCAUAUUUCAGAACCCCAUUUGAUGUGAAGGACAGUGGCGACUUUAAAAAAAGAGUUCUUGCCUCAACAAAACCUGUCCUUGUGGACUUCCAUGCUGAUUGGUGCACUCCAUGUAAAGGACUAACUCCAAGGUUAGAUGCCAUCAUGGGAGAAAAGGAUGGAUUACUAGAACUGGCGAAAGUUGAUAUAGAUGACAAUCCUGAAUUGGCUAUGCAAUAUAAAGUUACCGGGAUUCCCACUGUUUUGGGAAUAAAAAAUGGCAAAGUUGUUGACAGCUUUACAGGACUCAUAGAAAAAGAAGAACUUCGACGAUUUGUGGAAAAACUGUUAAGUAACACUUCAAAUACAGAACAGUGAUCAACGAAUGGGAGAAUGAUUACCCAAAAUAAUGUUUCCAGUGUAGGAAAUGAUUAACUUUGUCACCUUAAAAAUAAACAAGUUUGUAAAGUAAGAUUCCACUGCAAUGGAUGUGUGGUGUACAUUCCUUUCUUAACACCAUUUGGCUUCAGCCAAAUUAAUUUUGAUCACUCAGCCGCUUGUUCUUAAGCCUGUGCACACAGGUCUACGACUACCUCUCACGCUGAAAAGUGACAAGUUCGACUAUAAGUAACGACGCUUUGUAGACGUCACUUUAUCAGCAUGAAACGAAAUACUAGACCAGUACAGGUUACUUAUAGCACUUACUGUGUGUAAGUUAACGGCUGAUAAAAAAAAAAAUCACUAUGUUUUGCUUUUUUUACUUCAUGAACUUGGAUUGUAAGACUUUGUAUAUUAAAUACAAGGACGA